AGCAGGAGGAGCCUCGAUUUCGGGGUACAGGUUGGAGAUAGCGACUUCUGGACUGAUUCGGGCCGGGAGGAGAUCAUCGCGAGGAGCGGUACCAUCCCCCGUAGCAGGACCGACGGCGGCGCGAGGUCGCGCAGUGGAUCGGCCGAUCGGCGACCAACGGAUCGGGCGCCGCGUCAGCGGGACGUUGUCAUCGUCAGGGUGGAGGAGGAGGCGCGCUAUGCCGCGCGCAGGAGUCACGUGGAACCCGGUACAGGCGCCAUACUGCCGCCUCCUGCGGCUGCCGGCCACAAGCUGACCAGGGGGCGACCCAGCGCAACCAACACCGUCGCCCGGUACUUGCAUUCAGCCAGCACGAACGCCUCGGCGGCGCAUUACCAUCACCAUCAUCACGGGCUGCACGGCCAGUAUCCCCCCGGCGCGGGCGGCAGGACGACCGGCAGGCAGCACCGCCAUCAUCACCCUAGCCGCGGCUCGUACAGUAAUGAGACGCAGGAAGAGGUACAGGAGGACGAUGAAGCCACUCUACGGGAGUUGCUCGUAAGUCUGCAGAAACAGGUCAGCGUUAUGAGUAUGAACCUGAGUGCCAAGCUGGACGAGCUGCAGCGGGGUGACCGCCAGCUGGAGACCACCGUCGCUCUCUGCGAGAUCCGCACGCAGCUGCAGGAGCUCACGAAGAGCGUAGAGUCUUGUCAGAGCGAGGUCAGCGAGGUGAAACGGGAUAUGGUCACGAUUAAGCAAGAACUAGAUACGGUACAGCAGGUCAAGGAAGAGAUAGAGGAAUUACGAGAGUACGUGAAUCGACUGGAAGAACACUCCCAUCGGCGGAAACUUAGGCUGUUGGAGCAGGGAUUGACGCUUUUCCUGUCGUACGCGAUACUAGCUGCCGUGUUGGGAAUGUUGCAGUUUGGAUACAACACUGGAGUGAUUAACGCGCCUGAAGUGAACAUAGAGAAUUUUAUGAAAGAUGUAUACAAGGAUAGGUACGGGGAGGACAUUUCGGAUGAUUCUGUUAAGACUUUGUAUUCUGUGGCCGUGAGCAUAUUCGCGAUCGGUGGUAUGGUGGGUGGUUUCAGCGGAGGGACAAUUGCCAACAGAUUUGGCAGAAAGGGAGGCUUACUGCUAAACAACGUGCUGGGCAUCGUGGGGGCGUGCCUGAUGGGUUUCACGAAACUUGCUGAGUCAUACGAGAUGCUGUUUUUUGGACGGUUUAUCAUCGGUGUCAAUUGUGGCUUGAACACCUCGUUGGUUCCCAUGUACAUAUCGGAAAUAGCGCCAUUGAACCUGAGAGGCGGCCUAGGCACGGUGAACCAGCUCGCUGUUACGGUGGGCCUCCUGGUCUCCCAGGUGCUGGGCAUCGAGCAAAUCCUUGGAACAAACGAGGGUUGGCCCGUUCUCUUAGGACUAGCUAUCUGCCCUGCCAUUCUACAGCUACUGCUGCUUCCAGUAUGCCCGGAAUCUCCAAGAUAUUUGCUCAUUACUAAACAGUGGGAGGAAGAGGCUCGAAAAGCUUUGAGAAGGUUGAGAGCCAGUAACCAAGUAGAAGAAGACAUUGAGGAGAUGAGAGCGGAGGAACGAGCUCAACAAGCUGAGUCCACGAUAUCGAUGACAGAGCUUAUAUGCAGUCCAACUCUAAGAGCACCUCUCGUUAUUGGUGUGGUUAUGCAACUUUCGCAACAGCUUUCGGGUAUCAAUGCCGUAUUUUAUUAUUCCACGAAUCUGUUCACUAGUUCUGGUUUAACGGAUGAGAGUGCCAAGUUUGCAACCAUUGGCAUAGGUGCCAUCAUGGUUUGUAUGACGCUAGUGUCUAUCCCACUCAUGGAUAGGACAGGAAGGCGUACGUUGCACUUGUAUGGUCUUGGUGGCAUGUUUAUCUUUUCAAUAUUCAUCACAAUUUCGUUUCUCAUAAAGGAAAUGAUCGACUGGAUGUCCUACAUCUCGGUAGUGUCGACCUUGUGCUUCGUCGUAUUCUUCGCCGUGGGGCCCGGAUCUAUACCCUGGAUGAUCACGGCGGAACUGUUCUCGCAAGGCCCUAGACCUGCCGCCAUGUCCAUCGCGGUUCUCGUCAAUUGGAUGGCUAAUUUUUUGGUUGGCAUCGGUUUUCCAAGCAUGAAGAGUAGCCUUGAAAACUACACGUUCCUACCGUUCAGUGCAUUUCUAGCCAUCUUCUGGAUCUUCACCUACAAGAAGGUUCCCGAGACCAAGAAUAAAACAUUCGAAGAGAUUCUAGCUUUAUUCAGGCAUGGUAACGACAGGAGCAGCUUGCGGGACAGCAGACUUUAUGGGAGCAUGCUAAACUGUGUGAAUGCAUUAGAGGGACACAUACCGCCAGCAGAGAGCGCAGCCCUGAUGGUGGCAGAGGAGAAGCCACAUCCUGAUUCAUGUAAGGCUUUAAAGAAAAAACCUGACCAGCAUCAAUCACGAUACAUUGUAACACGAUAAUUUGUAAUCCCUGUCAUCUCUGUCCAAAGACAAACAAUUCUCUAAACGCGGGUGCGAAAUCGCGAUCGAGACUGGCUGCGUUUAGCAGAGAAAACUGAUCAGUAUAUAUAUGCGCUCAAUGAUUGAUCGUUAAUAGGAUUGUUUCUUGCUUUUAGUUCUUUGCUAAAUCUAAAUGUAGGAACCAAUCAUAUUAAGGAAUCACUGAGCACUCAGUAAUCAGUUUUCUCU